GCGAGGGAAGGGAUGGAGGCACACAGGGGUGUUUAUAGAUUUGUUUAUGGUAGUAUAAUCUGUGUGCGUGCGCCAAAUCAGUACACAGCAGAAACACCAUCUGUUUCCUCAGAGGCUAGGACUCAAAUUUGGUCCAGAUCGGCACGAGACAGCUGCUUAUUGCAGGACUGGUGGGCUGUCUCCCGUAGCCUCCCAUAGCUCGUCAACCAGUAGGAUUUCUGAAUUUAAAAACCUCUCUCACCGACUACGAAAGCGGGAUCCCGAACAUGAUGAUGAGAGAAGAUGCGAACUAAUAUCGUUGAGAGAGCUGCUACGACUGUGGUUCAUCUAUCCUCCUGCAUCGAUGAAGCGCUUGCAACGGCUGAAGACAAACGAAAUUAAUUGCAUGGUCAUUAUUUGAUAUCAAAAAUAGGGAGUCCGUAUACAUUUUGGCCUUGACGAGUUGCCGUUAAAAUGGGAGACAACAUGUCCAAAAGAUUGAAAUUAGUGUCGGCUACGGAAGCGGAGAUGGAGGAAAGAUCUUUUAUCAACCCGUACCCCGACUGGGACCAAGGAGUCUUCACAUCUUCCAAUUCAGGAAUGGACAGUGACUGCAACGAGCCUUUCGGCGAAAAUGGAAAGAUCAGCGAGGUGUUCCAGAAGAAGGUGCAGAAUAAGAUCAAGGACCUGCUGCAGCAGAUGGAGGAGGGCCUGAAGACGGCCGACCCCCACGACUUCUCCACCUAUACGGGCUGGACAGGUAUCGCCCUUCUCUACCUGCAGUUGCACCGGGUGACCUGCGAGGCCUCCCACCUCCAGAGGGCACUGGACUAUGUGAAGAGGACCCUGAGGAUCCUGAAUGGUCGCAAGGUCACCUUCCUGUGUGGGGAUGCAGGGCCACUGGCCGUGGCUGCUGUGGUGCACCACCGCCUCAAGAACCAGACAGAGAGUCAGGAGUGCCUCACCAAGUUGCUCCAGCUGCAGCGUGGAGUGGUGUCUGCGGACUCUGAGAUGCCCGAUGAGCUGCUGUACGGACGGGCCGGCUACCUGUACGCCCUGCUCUAUGUCAACAAGGAGAUAGGACCCGACACUGUGGAUGAGACCACCAUCGCCAGGGUUGUGACGGCCAUCUUGGAGUCGGGGAAGAACAUGGCCAAAGAGGAGAAGAAGGCGGAGAAGUGCCCACUGCUCUACGAGUGGCACAAGAAGCAGUACGUUGGCGCUGCCCAUGGCCUGGCGGGCAUCUACUGUAUGCUGAUGCAGCCCUCUGCUAAGGUGAACCAGGAAGUCCUAUCUGAGUUGGUGCGGCCCAGUGUGGACUACGUCCGCCACAAAAAGUUCCGCUCUGGGAACUACCCUUCGUCGCUAAGCAACGAGACGGACCGGCUGGUGCACUGGUGCCACGGGGCGCCAGGAGUGGUGCACAUGCUCAUCAUGGCACACAAGGUGUUUAAGGAUGAGAAGUACCUGAAGGAUGCUGUGGAGUGUGGGGAGGUGAUCUGGCAGAGAGGCCUGCUGAGGAAAGGUUACGGUAUCUGUCACGGCACGGCGGGCAACGCCUACUCCUUCCUCACCCUCUACCAGCUCACCCAGGAGAAGAAGUACCUCUACCGCGCCUGCAAGUUUGCUGAGUGGUGUCUGGACUACGGAACCCACGGCUGCAGAAUCCCAGACAGACCGUACUCUCUGUUUGAAGGUAUGGCCGGGGCUAUCCACUACCUGUCAGAUUUGACCCAGCCUGAGUCUUCCUGCUUCCCUGCAUUUGAACUUUAACCUUUGGGUCGUAGACGGACUUCGUCCCCCUUCCAUUCUGAACAUUUGGAAGAUUGCGAUGAGCAGGGCUCUUGGAUGAGGGGGUUUGGGGUGUGAUGGACCACUGGCGUCUUGAACCCUCAGCCCAGAACUGCAGCCUGGGGAGGGAUGUUGUCCCCUGCUCCGGUUUUUCAGACACAUGGACGGAGGAAAAACACCCCAAAGCCCUAGGCCUUUAACUCUGUAAACGCUGUGUGUGUGUGUUGGGGUUUUGUUGUGAAUGGGAAGAAAAUGCUGUUUUGUUCGUGGAUCUUUGCCUCUGCAUGCCUAUCCAGAUCUCCUUCUCUGUAUGUGAUCUCUAAUCCUUGUCCCACACCAGUUUUUAGUGCUACUCCCUCUUCCCUAGAGACUAAUUAUCUUUGCAUGGGGACAUCAGAAAACAUGUAUUAGCCUUGGAAUGUGCGUGUCAGUCAAAUGUUAAUGUCUAACAGUAAAGUAGCGUGGCUUUUUUGUAUGUCACUGUGUUUUGUCCCAUUUUCCAUUUCGUUAAUGUGCUGAAGAGAGGAUUUUGUUCAAUGCCGCUUCGACCUUUUCUCGUGGAUAUUGUUUCUCUCAGGCGAACAGCGUUACAUUAUGAAUGUUGUACAAUAAACCAGGCUUCAAUUGCUGACUUACCGAGUGAUUACAGUACAAUGUCUUAAAUAAAAUGCAUUCUUACCUGCCUUCAGA